AUGGUGGAUGUCUCUAAGUGGAUUGGCGAAAUAGUUACUCCCACAGAGGAGGUCGGCUAUUGUCCUGGCCUACCUAUAUCUUAUCAACAAUCACGCAAGCGAACCCAUCCGCUGUCACCAGACCCGAGCUCCAUGGAUGAAGGGUCGACUCCAACGAAGAGGAGGCGACAGGAUGAUGCAGAUCGAACGCCAGUUGCGACAGUUCUGAAGGCACCACCGAGACCUCCGAGAACCUCAUCCUCCUCCCCUACGAAGUCAUCCGCAUCCGCCAGCAUCCGGAGCAGCUCACAAUCAUCAUCGCGCCGCAAAUUCUCCUCCCUACAGGUCUCUGAAGAGGGGAUCAUCCCUCGACAGCUUAGCGGUCUUCAAACGCAGAAUCUGCCUUCAGCCAUUGAAGCGGCGCUGCUGAGAAUCAGACAAAUUGAUCGCUGCAAAGGCAUCCUGUCAGCAAGAUCAGACCAGUCCAGAUUCGAGGCAUUCAGAAGCGACAACGACCUUGAUAUGAAUGUAUUUGCCAAGUCAGAGACUGAUGGUAGUAGACUCACACCUGAAGAGGCUUGGGAUAUUGCAAACGGUGCACGUCGCUGCUUCGAGAAAAAUCAUGACGAGGACAACUAG